UGCAUCUCCACCUCCCGUGCUCCGCCCCCGGUCUUACGUUUCGCCCCCGGUCUUACGUUUCGCCCCCGGCAGCGCGGACAGCGGAGCCAAGAUGGCGGCCGAGUUGGAGUACGAGUCUGUGCUGUGUGUGAAACCGGACGUCAGCGUCUACCGGAUUCCGCCCCGGGCCUCCAACCGCGGUUACAGGGCAUCUGACUGGAAAUUAGACCAGCCUGAUUGGACUGGUCGCCUCCGAAUCACUUCAAAAGGGAAGAUUGCCUAUAUCAAACUCGAGGAUAAAGUUUCAGGGGAGCUUUUUGCUCAGGCUCCAGUAGAACAAUAUCCUGGUAUUGCUGUGGAGACAGUGGCAGAUUCCAGCCGCUACUUUGUAAUCCGGAUCCAGGAUGGUACUGGGCGCAGUGCUUUCAUUGGCAUUGGCUUCACAGAUCGGGGAGAUGCCUUCGACUUUAACGUCUCCUUGCAGGAUCACUUCAAGUGGGUAAAGCAGGAAUCUGAGAUUUCCAAGGAAUCUCAAGAAAUGGACACUCGACCUAAGUUGGAUCUGGGCUUCAAGGAAGGACAAACCAUCAAGUUGAGUAUCGGGAACAUUACAACCAAGAAAGGAGGUGCUUCUAAGCCCAGGACUGCAAGGGGUGGGGGCCUGAGCUUACUCCCACCCCCGCCAGGAGGCAAAGUCACUAUUCCCCCACCGUCCUCCUCAGUCGCCAUCAGCAAUCAUGUCACCCCACCACCCAUUCCGAAAUCUAACCAUGGAGGCAGUGAUGCAGAUAUCCUUUUAGAUUUGGAUUCUCCUGCUCCCGUCACGACACCAGCACCAACUCCAGUUUCUGCAAGCAAUGACUUGUGGGGGGACUUCAGCACUGCAUCCAGCUCUGUUCCCAACCAGGCACCACAGCCAUCCAACUGGGUCCAGUUCUGAAUGGCAUUGGCAGGACAUUAAGGACAGACUUGAGGAAUAAAAAUGACCUUGAGGGCACCAAUCUGUGAGGGAAGUUAGGAACCCAUUUCCUCCCCAGAACCAAAAUGACUGGACAAUCUUUUUCAUAGCUUCUCCAUUACAUUCAAGCUGGUUUAUGUCACUCCCCUGUGUUGUUACUUGUGCAGCCAAGAAAGUAUCUGUUAUCUCCUGCUUAGUACCAAGGUAGGGGACUAGUGGAUCUUAUCAUAGUCUUGGCUGACCAUGCAGGGCUCAAAAGGCCAGCGUCUGUUUGAGGGGGAAUGACCUCUAACAUCUGUAAAAUUUGUCUCAUCUUUUAAAUUCUUUAACUUAUUUCAAAAUCAUCUCAUGACCCUUGUGUGCCUCUUUGUGAAGCCCUAUUUAGCCAUUUCAGGGGAGUCAAAAACCUUGCAACUUCCUUCUCCACUAACCCAGGACUAAAAAUGGACAGGCUGACCUCAGUGUUUACAAAUUCAGAAUUUUGAUAGGGGUAGAUAUGGAGAAAGGCCUAUUUCCUGGGUCUCUGCUGUGUAGCCUCCUUCAGGCUUAUUGUACUCAGUGAACAUCCAGUGCUGGGUGCAGCUCCAUCGCCCUCUUGUGUGUUUACAUGUCUCUUUCUAUGAUAAGAGGGUUGUGUUGGUGGCACCUCCACUAUUCUUUUCUGUUUGUUGAAUUUGAAUUGUGUAACAUCUUUGACCAGUGGGUGUCUCUGUAAUGAAGGAGGUUCAAGAGGCUGUGCUUUCCAAGUGAUAGUCUAUAGGAGUGUUUAAUUUCUUGCAGCUCCAUCUGGUUGCUGCAUUUGAAGCAUGGCAUUAAUUUGUAUUUGCCCUGUUAUUUGACCUAAAGUUGGAGGGUUUAGAGUUUUUAACCUGAUCUGUAGAGCAGAGAGGUUGAAAACACUUAACUCUUGUUUAGUACCCUCAUUGCCUUGCUGCCUGGGUAUCUGGCCCCUUUCCAUAAACAUUUCUUUUCAGUUCAUGUAGUUCUUUAACAGAAAGCUGCUAUUAUGUAUAUUGUCAUUUGUGAAGGAAGUUGAAGAGUCACAGCUUUACUGUGACAGGUUUUGCCCAAGGCUUUGAUACCUGUCACCCAGGGUAUCUUAAAAGCAAGUUGUUCUCCCACUACUUUCCUUUCCCUCUGCCCUGCCAUUCCUUUUACAAUGCUGUGAAAAAAGUUGUGCUUCUUAGGUGAGUGGGUACUUUCUAUUUUGUUUCUCAGUGAGCAAUUUUGAGGAUGAAAUGGGAAGAUAUAAUUGCUUCCCUUUUGCACCUAUUUGGGUAUGUACACUCUGGCAGAAGGGAGUCCUUAGGUUUAGUUUCAAAAUAUAUUACUUUCCUGGAUUCCCUUCUUAACUUUUUCUGACUUGGGUCCAUUUUCUUUUCAUUGCCUCCUUUUCCAGGCAGCUCUAUUCUUGCAGAGCCAUGGCAGGACAUAUUAAAAUUCCAGUAGAGAACACUAAAAGGAAAGUCUGUAGAAUCACUAGUGACUAAAUACUGGGAACCUAUUUUCUCAAUCUUCCUCCAUGUUGUGUUCUUUGUAUUCUCAAGAUGAUAAUAUAUUAUGUAUUUGAAUUCCUGAAAAAUGGAAAAUGUUUAAGAUAUAUGUAUAUAAAGCAUAUGCUGUAUUGGUGCAAUAAUGGUAAUUAAAAAUAUGAAAAAAGUGUC